UUCCCCGUAUCUUCCCAUCCCUCCACUCCACGCCAUCUCUCUCGGCCUCUACUUUGCCCCGUUCGAUUCCGCCGCCGCAAGAAUCGGCAGCCGCCCCCGACCCACCCCAGACGAGCUCGCCGGCGAAAUCGACGCCGGGGAGGCCCUCGUUGUCAGCCCGUCCGGUACCCACCAGCAGCAGCGCCAGCCCCUUGCGCCCUACCCUGCUUCCGUCUCCGUCUCGAGCGUGGGUGCCGGCACCAGAGGAAGCACGAGCGGAGGGCUGCGGAUUCCGUCCCAGCCCCGUGCUGCUCGCCUUCUCGAGCUCGUGGCGGGGAGGCGGCGUCCAGCUCGCGGCGGAUCCGGCCCCGGCGUCCAGCAGGGUCACGAGCGCCCGGAGUCCCAGAAUUUUCCCCGCUGCCAGCCAUGGCGGAGAAGCUGGCCCCCGAGAAGCGCCACGCCUUCGUGCACAACGGGCAGAAGGUGUUCGAGUGGGACCAGACGCUGGAGGAGGUGAACAUGUACAUCGAGCUCCCCAAGGGCGUGCCCACCAAGCUCUUCCGCUGCACCAUCCAGGCGGGCCACGUCGAGGUCGGCAUCCGCGGCAACCCGCCAUACCUCAACCACGACCUGACUUACCCCGUGAAGACGGACACGUCUUUCUGGACAAUAGUGGAUGGUGAGAUGCAUAUCACCCUGCAAAAAAGAGAGAAGGGGAAGACAUGGUCAUCUCCCAUACAAGGGCAAGGUAUCUUGGAUCCAUAUGUGGCAGAUCAAGAGCAAAAACGGCUUAUGCUGCAAAGGUUUCAAGAAGAGAACCCGGGGUUUGAUUUUUCACAGGCUCAGUUCAGUGGAACCUGCCCUGACCCAAGGACCUUCAUGGGAGGAAUUCGCUCCGAGUGAGACUUCCUGGCUGCCAUCCCCAGAAUCCUAUGUAAAUUGAUUGGUGUUUACCCUUCAAAUAAUGAUGAUGUGUGACAUCUAUGACUCUUGUAAGCAAGUUCAUCAGCUGACCGUAAAGAUUCCCUGAAUCUGUGGACCUUUCUCAAAUGCUAAGUAUAGUUGUGAUUAUCACUGGUGCUUGUUUUCGAUGAGUCUGUAUUUGUGGAGAACUGAUGACAUGGCAGUCUUGUAA